AUGCUGACCAAACCAAGACAUGGCGACAGAUGUCUUGAGGUGGACGACAUUGCCCAGGGCUACGCCGAUGAGCUGAUAGCCACCGAGGACACGAUCGCCAGAAACCCCAAGUUCUUCUCCGAACCCUGUGCUCUCUACAUUGACAAUGAGAAGGUCUCCUGCCUGGCCUUGGCAUCGGUCGACGAAGCCGUUGUCCUGCCGGAAUUGAUGGACUACUGGGCAGCCAAAGGCCGCCUCGCUCCCGAGACCUUCCGAUUGGUGGACUGGCCGGUCGUGCACCAAGCGAUGAAGUCUCUGAAGCCCGCCGAACAGCGCUUCAUCACAAAACACACCGUUGGGAUGUGCGGUGUCGGCAAGUUCCGUAAACGAUGGGGCCUCGACUCCAAGAACCGAUGCCCCUUUUGCGGACUGGAGGAAUACCACCUACAUGUCUCCCGCUGCCCUUCCGACCGGGCCAAGACCCAGUGGCAGCUCCUACUCCAAGAACUCCAAGAAUGGUUCCAGUCCACCACCACUGCUACACCCAUCGCCCAAUUCCUCAGGGCCCUUCUUCGCACCCCCCUAACAACCAGCCUCAAACAGAGACUCCGUGGUACCGCCUACACGGAAUGUCUUCUUCCGCCCUCACCCAAGUCUGUGAGGCUCAACUUCGCCUUGGCCCCCAAUGUCUCCUCGAAGGCCUUCUCGUCCACGGCUGGGCCGACCUCCAGCAAUAAUUCUACCGCGAGAGCGGUAGUCGCCGAUCCGGUAGCCGCUGGGCUGCCAAUCUAUCUCGACAGCUCAUCCUUAUCGGUAAAGGCAUGUGGAAGCAUCGCAAUGAUGUCUUUCAUUCUGACGACAACAUCGUCAACCAACAGCGCGCGACUGCUCUCGAUCGACGCAUCCACGAAGAGUUUGACAUGGGUCUUCGCGACCUACCUCGGAACCUUCGCCCUGCCAUCCGUCGAUCCCGCCUUGUAG